UUAAAACCAAACCAGCUGUUUUUCUUAAUUUUUUAUAUUAAAAUAUUACGCCCGGACCGGUUCGUGAAUCGUCGGCGUUGACGAUUCCACACCUGCAACGUUUUCCUCAUUCCCAUUUCACUCUCCCCCAAACGAAAAUUUCAAACCUCUACUGCUAAGCGAAAUUAAGCAUCAUUCUCCGUUCAACCAUGGCGGCGACAUCUCAGGCUCAGUUGUUCUGCUUCCCCGCCGUCCAUCGCAGCCUAAACAUCCAGCAACGCCGCUCGCCUCCUUGCCUCUCAUUUCGCACCUCCAAGGAAACAUAUCUCAUAUAGUUAUCAGUUGCUAUGAGUCUGGAGAGGAAUGAAGCAGAGACGGUUGAUACUGAAACAAAAAAUACACUAAGUUAUGCAGCUGAUGAACCAAAAUUGAAUGUCGAAGAAAAGCAGGAGUCGUACUCAAAAAUAGAAGAAAGUGGCUCAGAAAAAUUAGGGUUAGGAGAGGCAACGCAGGAAAGUGUUGUUGAUCAGCAGAAAAAGACUGCAAUAAUUCAUGAUUUUUGUUUAGGAAUUCCAUUUGGUGGAUUUGUUUUAACAGGAGGCAUUAUUGGAUUCCUUUUUUCACGGAGUCCUGCAGCACUGGCCAGUGGUGUGCUUGUUGGUGGUGCUUUACUAUUCCUCAGCACCCUUAGCUUGAAGGUCUGGAGGCAAGGAAAAUCGAGUUUACCAUUUAUUCUAGGACAAGCAGCAUUGUCAGGGAUCCUUAUCUGGAAGAACUUUCAGAGCUACUCAUUGGCAAAGAAAAUAUUUCCAACCGGCAUCAGUGCUAUUAUAAGUUCUGCAAUGCUCUGCUUUUAUCUAUAUGUGCUUGUCUCUGGAGGAAACCCCCCACCUAAGAAAUUGAAGCCAUCUGCCAGUGUAGCCUGAUGAAAUAAACAAAUGGUUAUGUUACUUAGAAAGUGGGAGGUAUAGAUUUCUUAUUUUUCUG